GGAAAUAAAGCGACAGGACCAGCGGCAGCGGGCCGAUUCACGUGUGAAGAACAGUCCCGAAGCUAAGUACUCGCUUUCAAGUUUUGCCUCUAGCAGCGAAUGCCUUUGUAAGAAAAAGGAUGUGGGACGACGUGCAGCAGGCGCUGAAGGAGAAGCGUUAUGAACUGGUCCUGUCUGGUCAGGAAGUGAACCAGCUGAUAGAGAAGGCAGAGGGGCAGUUAGAUCCUGCUGUGUACGACCUCGUGCAGCUGAACCUACUAAAGAUAACAAACACUCCGCUGACGAACCUGUCCAAGGACCUUGCACGUCUCGUCAACUUGACCAAUCUGGUGUUGCAGAACAAUAGGCUGGAUGGCUUACCGGGCACACUUGGCGAUUUGGAGAAACUGAAAUUUUUGGAUGUGUCAAGUAAUCGCCUGACUUGCUUGCCACCCAGCUUGAGCCAUCACAUCACGCUCACCACACUUAAUGUGACAGGGAAUCAGCUGACUGAAUUGCCCAGUUUUCAGAAAUGUGUCAGCCUAUCUGUUCUAGAUGUUCGUCAUAACCAGUUGUCAGAGUUCCCUGAUGUGUGUUACUCCAGCCUUUCAUUCUUGUCUGAGGUGAGGGUUGCAAAUAACCUGGUGCAGCAAGUACCAGUUGCUGUUGUAGACCUGCCUGCUCUCAAGUUGCUUGAUGUAGCUCAUAACAACAUCAAGAUAGUACCAGGAGAACUUUCAGACACCCCAAAACUCAAAGAACUAAACCUCAAGGGAAAUCCUCUAAGUGACCGAAGAUUUAAGAAGCUAGUUGAAUCAGAACGCUGUCUGCCACGCCAGGUACUGGAUUAUAUACGCCAGCACUGUCCAAGGUCCUCAGGCCAAGAAGGCAAGGGCAAGAAAGGAAAAGGAAAAAAAAACAAAUCCAGAGAGGAAGAAGAGGUGGAUGUCCUUUGCAAAGAGCUGCAAGUACUGGGUUGGGGUGAAAGGGAAGGAGUACCAUCAGUGUUGGUGAGGACAGCAGUCAAGGAGGUGCGACCCUACCUGGUGUGUUGUGUCAUCCAUCACCUGGACCUCAGGAAUGAUCUGUUUAAGAGAUUCAUUUCCAUCCAGACCAAACUCCAUGAUGGGAUUUGUGAAAAGCGGAUGGUGGCUACAGUAGCUACUCAUGAUUUGAGCAAGGUUCAUGCACCACUCUACUACACUGCCCAUGCCCCGAAGGAAAUGCACAUUCAUCCACUUGGCAGAGGCAAAGAGAUUUCAGCAUGGGAAUUAUAUGGUUCGUUACAACAUGAAGCAGAGGCCCAGAGAAAACAGCAGAAGAGGAAUGUUGCUGGAUUACACAGAUUCCUACACAUGUUAGAACCUUGGGAGCAUUGGCCAUGUUUGGAAGAUGGUCAAGGGAAAGUGAUCUCUCUUCCUCCUAUUACUAACUCGGACUAUACUAAGAUAACUCAGGACACCACUAGUGUCUUACUGGAAGUAACCAGCAGCUCAUCCCUUAAUAAAGCCAAAGAAAUAGCAGAUACCCUCCUCCUGGCUGUCCUGCAGAAUGGCCUAUCUUCUAAGACCACUGAGAGAGGGGAGGCAGCUGUGGUGGUGCAGCAGGUGAGGGUGGAAGAUGAAAAUGGAGGCUUGAGAGUUUUGUAUCCUUCCCACACUGAUCUAGCUUUCCAACAGGAGAGAGUUCAUGUGGUGAUGCCAGUAAAAUAACCUCAUGUAUGAAUGGGGCCCUGAUUCAUGCCUUAAGAUCAUGAUUUUGCUAAUGUAAAAAAUAUAAACAACUUGUGGAUAAGGGCAUUUUUGUUAUCAGGAUUACUCCUGAAGUGCCCGGAACUGUUAGAUUAUAUGAUGAGUACCAUACACUGGUUAAUGUUUUCAAGUUUAUCAGUCCAUGUGUCAGGAUUCCAUAUCUUUGUUCUGUCACAGUAAAAAAUAAUAGAUUAAUAAAAAAACUCAGAUACACAAGCAGUGUUCGCUUCCUUGCAAAAUUUGCAGCACCUUAGACAGAUUUCAACACUUAGGGGUAUCUGUGCUAAGUAUAUAUUAAUUCUUUUAUAAUAUUCAGUGAUGUACCUUAAGUUUUUAUAAAAGAAAAUAAUAAUCUUGAUAUGGGUACUGGCUUUACAUGUUACAUAUGUUAAAUUAAAUAAAUGCUAAUCAAGUUAA